AGGUUUUGUGGGUCAGGAAUUCAAAAAGAAUACAGUGAAGUGGAGUGCAGUGGCUUUCUUCUACUCAAACAGGUUCUGUCUUCUCAUGAAGGUGGUAGCCAGAGGUAGACACUGUGAUAACCCCCCAGCAAUGGAGAAAUCAUGAUUUUUGUUUCUUUUCUCUCUUCCUUCUCUAAGCCAUUGACGAUGGCCCUUAGUAAUUCCAGCUGGAGGCUACUGCAGCCUUCUUUUUUCCUGAUGGGCAUCCCCGGUUUAGAGGAAAGCCAGCACUGGAUAGCAAUGCCGCUGAGUGUCCUUUAUCUCUUUGCUGUAAUGGGCAAUGUCACCAUCAUCUUUAUCAUCUGGACUGACCCAUCCUUGCACCAGCCUAUGUACCUCUUUCUGGCCAUGCUCUCUGGCAUUGACCUGGUGCUGGCGUCCUCCACUGCACCCAAAACCCUUGCAGUGCUCCUGGUUCAUGCCCAUGAGAUUGGGUACACUGUCUGCCUGACCCAAAUGUUCUUCAUCCAUGCGUUCUCUUCCAUGGAGUCAGGUGUGCUUGUGGCCAUGGCUCUGGAUCGCUAUGUAGCCAUUUGUCACCCUCUGCACCAUUCCACCAUCUUGCAUCCAGGGAUCAUAGGGUGCAUUGGAAUGGCAGUGCUGGUACGGGGGUUACUCCUCCUCCUCCCCUUCCCUAUCCUGUUGCGGAGACUUAUCUUCUGCCGGGCCACCGUCAUAGGCCAUGCCUAUUGUGAACACAUGGCUGUGGUGAAACUUGCCUGCUCAGAAACCACAGUGAACCGAGCUUAUGGGUUGGCAGUGGCCCUGCUUGUGGUUGGGCUAGAUGUCGUGGCCAUUGGUAUUUCCUAUGCCUUCAUCCUCCAGACAGUGCUGAAAGUACCAGGGGGUGAGGCCCGACUUAAGGCCUUUAGCACAUGUGGGUCUCACAUUUGUGUCAUCCUGAUCUUCUAUGUUCCUGGAAUGUUCUCUUUCCUCACUCACCGCUUUGGCCACCAUGUACCCCAUCAUGUCCAUGUUCUUCUGGCCACACUCUACCUCCUCGUGCCACCUGCACUCAAUCCUCUUGUCUAUGGGGUGAAGACUCAGCAGAUCCGCCAGCGAGUACUCAGGGUAUUCUCCCUAAAAGGAUGGAUCUGAACACAUCCCAGUUAUUAUUUUCUGAGGCUCCUGUCAAAGGUACUGCCUGGAGUCCAUGGCUGGUCUAAGCUAUGUGGGUAGAGACCAUUGCACAGUGAGGGGUCCUUCCAGUCCUGCUAUCUCAUGGCAGAGAACACCCCUGGGCACUGUUUGGACUCCCUGAAUAGCUGGAUUUUUUAAAUUAUUUUCUUAUCUUUUCUUUUGCUUCUGAUUCUAACAUUUCUCUAUUCCUCUAUCAAGGGGACUUGAGAAGUGGAGAAAAGAUAUAUUUGGACAUGCCAUUUUUUUCUGCCUUCACCCAAUGAUUGUGGAACAUCAUCGAGUAAGGGAAUGGGAAGUCCCAGCCUCUUCUUUGUUUUAGUUUUAGAGUGUCUUCACACCCUCAAUGUUAUUGCUAUGAGCUCUAGGUCACUCAGCUUCCAUGUAGCAACAGAGUCUCUCUCUAACCAUUUGAUACUACCAAUAUGUCAGAAAACACCUUUUUAUUACAGUAUGACUCUUACUCACAUAUUUAAAUUAACCUAAGUGGGGAGACAUGGUAAUGGGUUCUUAGAAAAAUGAGAUACAAACACUAUUUUCAAGGAAGAAAUGUAUAUUGUAGAGUGCAUUUCUUUUUAAAAAGGUCAGUAUUUUUAAUUUAUUCAUAUUUUUAUUAAGGUAAAGAAGGAAUAAGACCAGUAUUGAAUGUAUGUAUGUUUUGUAAGUCUUAAUUUAACAAAGCUAAACACCCAUAUAUUAAUAUUAUUUAAUAACUACAAAAUGUGCUAGAGUCUGAUACUGGUAAACAUAGCUUUAUUAAUACAUGUAGAUGUAGUUUGGCACUUGAAAGAAUUUCUAUUUCUGAAAUGUGGAUAUGGAAUGAUGUCAGUUAGACCCCGUCCCCACUUUUUUGGUAACAGGAACUGGGUAAAAUUAUAAGAAGAUUGUUACAAUUGGUGUAUUGCAUCCUGUUUGUUGGAUGUUGCCCUAAAAUCUGGCUUAACUCUUUUGUGUUCCUAAAAGGUAGCACAUUUUGUUCUGUUCUGGAGGAAGCAAGUCACUGCUGCUUUGAGGUAGGAUGCUCUGGUGUUGAGAGGGCUCUAUCAAUGGACUCCAUAGUGGUCAAAAGGGGGGAAUGGAUGAGUUAGUGUUCCAGUUUCUCCUUUCUUGGUAAAAUUCACUCCUAAUAGUUUUCAGGUACAGAGACUUAAGUAUGAAGUCUUCAGUUUGGUGCACACACAUGGGUGAAUUAGGGAGGAAUUGUAUGAGUUCUUAUUGUGGGAACAAUUACACUUUCUCAUCACAUUGGUUGUAGGCACAGGACUUGAACUCUGGUGAGUUGUCCUGAGGAAGCCCAGGCUGUGGUGUAUGUUGUAUCCCAUUCACUAGAAAACAACUAUGUUGGUUCUAGCGGUACUUUGUUUAGGUACUUUGUUUACUUUGUUUUAUUCAAAGUAGCUGUUUGUUCUCUCAUCCCAUUUACACUAUUUGUGGAUUUUUGGGAUGUGGGUAUGAUGGUGGGAUCUGAAGAGUUUCUUGGGUCACAAGAUGGAAACAUGUACUGAAGAUGGCAGAACAACACUGUAGAAGAGCCUGUGUUCCCGACGCUGUCUGGGCCACCAACCCUGACUUAAACCUGAGAUAGAAACUUGUAUCUGGGUUAAACCCCACUAUAUUUUGGAGAAUCUUUUUCGUGGUGACUAACCUAUAGGCUAAAAAGUAGAUUUUUUUUUUUUAAUCUCAGAUCAUCUAAAUGGGGUAUGUAUUAUGCUUGAAGGAUGUCUUUUAGAAUUUCCUUUUGAAAGAUUUUAAACAUUUUUUUGGCCUAAAUAUCUGUUUGUUUGCUGUCAUUGAAGUUUACUAUCAGAAAAUAUUCAUAUCAUAUCUUAUUGUUUUAUUUUCUACUGUGGUUAUAGUAUAUCCCCUAUUUUAUCCCUAGCAGUGUUUCUUUGUGCCUUCCCUGAUUUCCUUGCUCAC